UCCUUCCUCAGUCUCAGUUUGAGUCGAACCACCCGCCGGCAAGCGCCAACGUCACUCUGCGCUCUGCUUGCGAAAAGUUGGCAAGACUCUCUCUGACAAACGCCACGCUUGCGGCAAACGUUAAAAUGUUUCAGCUUUUCAAACCUUGAACAAUUAAAGCUGUUGCCGGCUCGAACGGCGGUUUUUUUCUUCUUUCAAAUUCGACCCGGAAUCCUGGAAUUUUCGAUUUUAUGUCAUUAUUUCCGGACACCAUUCAGUUAUUUAAAAGUGUUUUUUUAAAAAUAAUAAUAAAUUUAUGAACAAUAAAUAGGAAGAUCAGCAGCUUUGUGCGAGUCUACGAUUUAGUGUCGGACUUAAUCUACGAUUUGAGUGCAACAACCCUUUUAUUCAUUAUCGAAUCCACCACAUCCCCUUAAGGAAGUUCAAAUUCACUUCAGGAAUUUGUCUUUCAAUUGCUUCCUAGAAACACACUUUCGAUAUGGCAUCGAACAGAAAUUAUACUGGAGGGCUGACGUGUCGUCAGGUGCUGAACAUAAUGGUGAUAAUUGGAUUCAUGAUAAACUACAUGCUUCGAGUGAAUUUAACCAUAGCUAUGGUUGCAAUGGUUUAUCCUUCAAAUCAUUCACAUUCCAAUUUGACGACAGCAUCUGAAAAUGCUAUUUUACCCAACAAAACAGGAAACAUUCCAGUCAGGAAUUCUAGUAAUGGAACACCUCUUCAACUAGAAGGAAGAGAACAAACAAGAUAUUGGUGGAACGAAUACGAACAAAAUCUGAUAUUUGGAAGUUUCUUCUGGGGCUACAUCUGUACAGAAAUUCCAGGUGGAAGAUUGGCGGAAAUUAUUGGGGCUAGAAGAGUUUUUGGAUACAGUAUGCUACUUUCUAGUGCAAUUACUCUUUUUACACCAGCUGCAGCCUCACUCGGAUUUACAGUAGUGGCAGCUUUGAGGGUCCUUUUAGGAUUUUGCCUAGGCGCCACUUGGCCUGCAAUUCAUCCAAUGACAGCUCUCUGGAUUCCACCAAACGAGCGCAGCAAAUUCGUAUCGAACAUGAUGGCUUCUUCGCUGGGUGCUGCCAUUACGAUGCCAAUUUGUGGUUAUCUCAUUGCCUCCUUGGGAUGGCAAUCAGUUUUCUAUGUUACGGGUGGAAUAGGAUUCGUGUGGAGCGUUUCAUGGUUUUUGCUCGUAUUCGACUCGCCUGCACAGCAUCCUCGAAUCUCUGACAGUGAGAGGCGAUAUAUUGAAGAAGCAAUUGGAAAUACUUCAACUAAAAAGCAUUUUGCAGUGCCAUGGAUCUCGAUUUUAACAUCACCCCCAGUCUGGGCGAUUAUUAUCACCCAUGCCUGUAGUGUCUUUGGUUAUUUCACGGUUGUGAACCAGUUACCGACUUAUAUGAAGAAUAUAUUACAUUUCAACAUUAAGGAGAAUGGACUUCUUUCCUCGCUGCCCUACUUGGGAAAAUAUCUUUUUGCUCUUGCGAUGUCAACUCUCGCCGACUAUCUUCGACAAACUAACAGGUUUUCUGUUACUGCUAUUCGCAAAACCUUCACAACAUUUGCGGUUUUGAGUCCAGGACUUUUGAUGGUAGUUCAAGCAAACUUUGGAAAUGAUCCAACGACAUCAGUGGCAAUCUUCACCCUCGCAUUGACACUGAACGGUGCUGUAACUGCUGGAUAUCUAGGAAAUGGUUUGGAUAUAGCCCCCAAUUUUUCGGGAACAAUUUUCGGUAUAGCGAACACUCUAAGUUCCCUGGGUGGGUUUUUGAGUACUUUCAUGGUCGGAAGUAUAACAAACGAAAAAUCCGGAACAUUUUCCCAAUGGAGAAUAAUUUUCUACAUAUUAUCUGGGAUGUACAUAAUUGGUGCCAUGGCUUUUGCCUUCUUUGGUACCGGAACUUUGCAAAAGUGGAACAGUCCGGAAGGCGAGGAUGAAAAGAAAAAACCUAAUCAAGAAAUUGGUACUGACGGUGAAGAAUCAGUGCCUCUCAAAAACAAGAACAUCUUAUGAUAACAAACUUAGUUUUUGAUAUUAUCCUCUGAAAGAAGAAAAUAAUACUUUGCUUUUCUAAUUACACAUUAAAGUGGUAACAUUCUCACCAUAAAAUGACAGCAAGCAAUGACAACAGCAAUGGCCAUCACUCUAUUGAUAUAUUUUUAUUAAAUAUAUGUGUUCUGCAUGGCGGAAGAAACAAGUAUAAAUUCAACAACUAAAAGUGUCAUCGCGAACUGGUACUAAAGUUUAGUCAGCUAAAAAUGAAGUCAAUUUAAACGCAGAAUACUUGGAAGAAAUUGAGAAUUUAUCUCCUUAUUUAGUGAAAAUAAUUUUCCAACCAUUUUACUUUAUUAGAUUAAAUACACCUUUUCUACGUGUUCUAAGUAAAUAAAAGAGAUAGUGCUGCAUCAGUACUUUUUUAAAGAUUGUAUUUAGCCACAGAAGUCGCAUGGAAAGUUCAAAGAACAUUUAAUUAAUGUGAAGUUUAUCCUAAGAAGGAGUUUCUUAAACUUAUGGACCAAUUAAACUAAACGUCGUUCAACAUGAAAAGAUUACUGGUUUUAAGAAAACUGAGUUAUAGAACGAUUAAUAGUUUCGAAGAAGUUGUGUCGUAAAGAAAUGAGUGGUUUGAGUUUCACUUUUAUUCACACAAAAUAUUUCGAAUCGCCGUUUCUUCUUUUGAACUUUUUGUGCAAUAAAAUUUUUUUAUUACACAAUGAUAAGUAAGAAAUGAUCUGUUGAAACAUGAUCAGAUAAAUGCAUAGUAUUAUUAGAAAAAAAAGAUGAUCCACUAGAGUCUAGACUGCAGCUCGUCCGAAGAUAAUACUGAUUUUCACAUUAAAUUAAAUACAGCAGAGCUUGGGAAAUUUAAGGAGAGUGAUUGAUAUUAAAAUCAUUUUGAUUUUAUUUCUCAGAGUCUGAAGAAGUGCGCACUCGUUCAUAAAUUAGUAUUCGAAAUCAACUGAUAAAUUCUAGUUUAUCGUUUAUAUAAAAAUAGAUAUGUAUUCAUGUAAGACUAUAUCGCAAAAUAUUUGUGCCAAGAGGUUUCGAAUUUUUCUUUUUUAUAUUUGUAGCAAAAUCGGUUUCUACAUUUUUAAUGACUAUAUUCUGAUAUCUUUAAAAGAAAAGAUAAUACUUAGUAUAAUAGAUAUUAACAAUGAUAAUAAUAAUAAUAAUAAUAAUAGCAAUAAUAAUAAUUUAAAUGUAUUUAUGGUAAGUGUGCACAGAAGUUAUCGUGAAAAUGCAAAACAAACCAAAGUUGUGAUUUUUUUAUGUUUCUGUAUAUGACAUUAAUUGUAUAAUACCCUUACAUAUUUUCGCAUACAUUUUCCACUACAUAUAUCAUUUUUAAACGGCAAAUAAUCAUAUUCUCACCUUGAGCAAUGUUAAAGUUUAGAAUGAUCUACAUUUAGGAAUUUAUUGUAAAAAUCGUUAGAAAAAUUUUUCUAGAUCAGUUCGUGAUCUUACUUGACUUAUGCAAUUUGCAUUAAGCAAUAACUAAGUAAGAUAAGAAUUUGUUGUAAUUCUUUGGCCGUUAUCACGUUUACAUAGGUAUACCACUGAUAUUUAAAUAAAACUUCUAUUUUAAAGUGA